UCUGCAGCUCCACACCGAGGUUCAGGGUGCCUGCAGCUCCACCUGCUUUGCUGAUUAGCUGAAGCGCAAACUCUGAUUUUCUUCUUUUUUUGAUUCAGGGAAAUGAAACUUGAAGUUUUCUCCGCGCACCACUUUGCCCAGAAGCCACUGGAGCUCUGCAUGGAGCCAGACGGGGGGAUUCCCUCUCCUCUGUCCGGGGAUGAGCUCGGCUCAGACGGAGACUGCGUGGCCAACAGCCCGGCACCUGUCACUCAAGGCAGCGAGAGCGGCAAAGGGAAGCCGUACACCCGCAGACCAAAGCCUCCCUACUCCUACAUUGCCCUCAUYGCAAUGGCCAUCCGGGAGUCCAGCAGCGGCCGUCUGACUUUGGCAGAGAUCAACGACUACCUGAUGAAGAAGUUCCCGUUUUUCCGAGGCAGUUACACCGGCUGGAGGAACUCCGUGCGUCACAACUUGUCACUCAACGACUGCUUCCUUAAAGUGCUCCGGGACCCGUCCAGGCCCUGGGGGAAGGACAACUACUGGAUGCUGAACCCGCACAGCGAGUACACCUUCGCUGAUGGGGUCUUCCGGCGCAGAAGGAAGCGCAUCGCCAAGAGGGGCCCCAAGGAGCAGGAGAACCCGGACAUGCUGAGUGAGGACACCCGGCUCCCGGCCGCGGAGGAGAGAGUGGGGGCCAAGUUCACCAGCUCCUUCGCCAUUGACAGCAUCCUCAGCACGCCGUUCAAAAGGAGAGAGGAGCACCACCCUGACACACAUAAGCCCACCCCACAGAUGUACUGGCCCCCCGGGGCCCACACGUUGCCAUACGCUCUGAACUAUCCGGUGCAUCAUCCAUAUCUGUCUGAGGCGGCGUACAGCAGCACAGAGCCCGGCAGGGAUCCCUACCUGCAUGCGACGGCAGUGGGCAGGGUCGCACCUGAAGCAGCCUUCAAGAUGCCCAGCAGAGCCCGAGGCUUUCACAUAGACUCUCUGCUGUCAUAAAAAAAAUAUAUAUACACAAAAAACAGGCUGCACGAUGGACGUUCUCUGCCUCCAGCGCUUCACUCAUUUAACUGUGCGGGACUCAUAGUGACCAAACUACUGUAGUGUCGAAAGCAAACGCUUGUGUUGUCAAAACAGAUCUAACUGUGUGGUGACAAACUAAAAAUAGUGUCAUCAGCUUGUUCCUUUCUGCGUGUGUGAAUGUGUGUGUGUGAGUGCAUGAGUGGGUGCGCGCGCGCUAAUUGUGUUUGUCUUUAUGUAUCCACGGUUCCUUGGUCAUUUCUUUUGUUUCUUAAAAUAUAAAUCUGUCACUUUAUUUAUAUAUAUAUAUAUAUUUUUUUUUUUUUGUUUUGUUUGUUUUGUUUUGUAUGAACUGCUGUAAUGUAUAAUAUGUAUAAUAUAUUAAAUAUUGACGAAGUUGCAUUGCAUUUAUGCGGCUCCACAAGAAAAUGCAUGGAAACAUGAAAUGGUUUUCCUAAGACUGAUUGAUUGGAUGGUUGGUUGAUUAAUUGAUUGAUAGAUAGAUGCAUGCUUGGUAUUUUUGUGAAUAAAAACGUGACAAAAAUGGGAUCAUGCUGUUUGGUGACUUUUUCA